GAUGGAUCACCAUUGUGUUUGGGUUGUUAACUGUGUAGGAGUACUAAAUUAUAAGUAUUUUCUUCUUUUCUUGUUCUACACAUUCUUAGAGACGACUCUUGUGACUUUGGUUCUUAUGCCGCACUUCAUUGCGUUCUUUAGUGAUGAAGAAAUACCUGGAACCCCGGGAACUCUUGCUACUACUUUUCUUGCAUUUGUUUUAAACUUGGCCUUUGCUUUGAGCGUGAUGGGUUUCUUAAUCAUGCACAUUUCAUUGGUAGCUGGCAAUACUACAACGAUAGAGGCAUAUGAGAAGAAAACCACUACAAAAUGGCGUUAUGAUCUCGGUAAAAAGAAAAACUUUGAACAGGUAUUUGGAAUGGAUAAGAGAUACUGGUUAAUCCCAGGAUACACAGAAGAAGAUCUAAGGCGAAUGCCCGAGCUGCAGGGACUUGAGUACCCUUCGAAACCAGACUUUGAUUCCCAGUAAUAUCUGAAGGAAAUGACUUUGAUCAACAUCAUCAUCAUCAUCCCAUGCAUGUAAAACAGCAAUAUGUAGAGAAGAGAGAGGAAGUGGCAUGUCAAGGAGAGAAAGCUACUAACAUGAAGAUUGAUGCUUCACUUUAGGCAGUGUAGAUGUCUUCCUAUGGAAGGCUAAAGACAUCAUUAAAAUUGUGGUGGGGUUUUUCUAAAGGACAAAGAUUCCAAGUUGGCUUUGUUGGCCACAACAUAUAUAUAUGUUCAUCUUCUUCAAUA